AUGCCCGUUGCGAAAACAAAAAUGCGACGCCCGGACCCGAGCGGAGGCCCGGCUGGCCUGGGGGUAGGGUCCGCAUGUGGCCAUGUGGCCCCCUACUGGGGCAUUCGGGCGGCGGAGGCCCUGGAGGCCCGGCCGGCCGCCCCCGAGGUGGUCGGCUCCCGCCGCUUCCACGUGGUGCGGCCGGAGUCCGGGACGCUGCAGUGGGAGCCGCUGGAGGACCCGCCCUCGCGGCCGAUCGACUACGGCACGCGCUGGGCGGAGCAGCGCAGCAGCGCUGGCGAGCUGGUCUUCGACACGAGGCCAGGCAGCGUGAUGAGGAUUCCCAACGGCUGGCCCCACAAGGUGGUCUACACCGAGAGGAGCAUCGGGUUCCGGGUGGCCAGCUGGACGCAGUGCCAGGAUCCCUGGGAGCGGAUGGGCUUGGUGGAGGACUGCUGA